AUGGCAAAGGCGAUGCAAGAGUCUUCUCUGUUAGGACAACUUGAGGUAGAAGUUGAGAUCAAAGCUCCGGCGGCGAAGUUCUACCACAUGUACGCCGGAAGGCCACACCAAGUGGCCAAAGCCACCCCUCGAAACGUGCAGGCAUGUGAUCUGCACGAUGGAGAGUGGGGCACAGUUGGCAGUAUUAUCUUCUGGAACUACGUUCAUGAUGGAGAGGCAAAGGUGGCGAAAGAGAGGAUCGAAGUAGUGGAGCCGGAGAAGAAACUGAUAAAGUUUAGGGUUUUAGAAGGAGAUCUAAUGAAAGAGUUCAAGAGCUUUGUGAUAACGAUCCAGGUUACCCCAAAGCAAGGAGGAAGUGGGAGUAUUGUCAAGUGGCACUUUGACUAUGAGAAGAUUGAUGAGAAGGUGUCUCACCCUGAGACUUUGCUCCCGUUCUUUGCCGAGAUGAUCAAAGAGAUCGACGAACACCUCUUGUCCGAGGAAUAG